UGUGCUCAUGAGGAUUGUUCUUCAAGAUCCAUUUUUGCUAGUUUUAAUCUUCCAUCAUCCUUAGAUUGGUCUUCUCACUUCAAACGAUGGUGGACUGGGGAGUUGAGCAAUUAUGAGUACCUUAUUGUCUUGAACAAGUUAGCUGGUAGGAGAUGGGGUGAUCCAGCUUUUCAUCCAGUGAUGCCUUGGGUAAUAGAUUUCACAGUGAGGCCUGACGAAAGUUCUGACAUUGGCUGGAGAGACCUCACCAAAAGUAAAUGGCGGUUGGCGAAGGGCGAUGAACAAUUGGAUUUUACUUACUCAUCAUCUGAUGUUCCAUAUCAUGUUUCUGAUGAGUGUCUCUCAGAGCUAGCAGUUUGCAGUUACAAAGCAAGAAGACUAUCAAAGACCAUCUUGAGGUCAGCUGUCCGCUCUGUCUACGAGCCCAACGAAUACCCGUCUAGUAUGCAAAGGCUUUAUCAAUGGACUCCAGAUGAAUGCAUCCCAGAGUUCUAUAGCGAUCCUUGGAUUUUUGUCUCUCUUCAUUCUGAAAUGAGUAAUUUGGCUUUGCCUUCCUGGGUGACCUCUUCAGAGGAAUUCAUUUGUCUUCACAGGGAUGCCUUAGAGAGUGACCGAGUUUCACAACAACUGCAUCAUUGGAUUGAUAUAACCUUUGGCUAUAAACUUGCUGGGGAGGCAUCUGUUGAAGCUAAGAAUGUCAUGUUGCCUCCCAGUGAUCCAUCAAGGCCUAAAUCAAUUGGGCGAAGGCAACUUUUUACAAAGCCACAUCCUAAGCGUCUUAUUAGCACACCUCACUCAGCCUACCACAAUAAAGUGGAAUCUUGUGCAAGAUGCCAAGGAAAAGGAAGUAACUCAACUACUGAUGUAUUAUUAGAUGAAUGUAAUCCCCCAAAUAUGUUUUCACAAGUUGACUAUUUGGAAGAGUUUGAACAAGCAACAUUAUUUAUGGAGCUUCAACAUCAUUUGAAUCCAAUAUACAGUUACUCUAACACUGCUGCUUGUUGCUUGUCAGUCAAAUAUCCCAAGAGCCAAUUUUCAGAUCAGGAGGUAUUGCAACCUAAUAGUGUAUUAUCAGUGGUGCCUGAUUUUGAUUUUGGCUCCUAUCUUGAAUGCUUUGAGUCUGAUGAUAGUUCUUCUAUUGGUUAUCAAGAGCUGUUGUGCUGGAAGCAAAGGUCUUGUUCUGUUAUUGAGCAUCAUGCAAAUGAUAUAUUUUCAAUAGGAUGCAUGUUAGCAGAAAUCUAUCUGCACAGACCACUUUUUGAUGCUUCCUUGCUAGCUGCAUAUAAAGAAACUGGUAUGCUGCCAGGAGCACUCCAUGAAUUGCCUGUUCAUGUCGGUUUGCUUGUUGAGUCAUGCAUCCAAAGGCAAUGGAAAAGGAGGCCGUGUUCAAAGCAUCUUCUGGAGUCACCAUAUUUUCCUCCAUCAGUUCGAUCCGCAUAUAUGUUUCUGGCUCCACUUCAACUUCUGUGUACAUCUGGAGACCGCCUGAAGUAUGUUACUAAGCUUGCAAGUGAAGGGACACUCAAAGCCAUGGGAGAAUUUGCUGCUGAAGUGUGUGCACCUUACUGCCUACCUUUUGUUUCAUCAUCUCGGUCGGAUGUUGACACCGAGUCUUGCUUGCGUCUGCUUAAAGAGUUUUUGAAGUGCUUGAGUGUCAAAGCAGCUAAGAAACUUAUUCUGCCCAUCAUUCAGAAAAUCUUACAGGCACCAGAAUAUUCACAUCUGAAGGUUUCUCUCCUUCAAGAUUCUUUUGUCCGAGAGUUAUGGAAAAAAUUGGGAAAACGAACUUAUAUUGAGAAGGUGCAUCCCUUGGUCAUAGCAAAC